CCUAUUGUUCUCCUCCUUUUCCCUUUCGACUCUCACAUUAACGAACUCGACAACGUAAAACGCCAUCUCAAUCCCAGUCGAGCGCGCCAAACGCAAAUCGAUUCUCCAUACGGCUUCACACUCCCGCAAACAAGGCGACAUAUAUAUUAUCGAUAGUACUUGUUCUCUUCACUAGGAUUGAACUGAUAUCUUGACCGCGAUCGAUAAUACUCGAGAUGGGGGGCCAACUUUCUAAGAUGAUGGGUAAGAUCUUCGGAUCUAAAGAGAUGAGAUUGUUGAUGUUGGGGCUCGAUGCUGCUGGAAAAACGACAAUAUUAUACAAGCUCAAGUUGGGCCAGGACGUUACUACUAUCCCUACCGUCGGCUUCAAUGUCGAGACGGUCACGUACAAGAACGUCAAAUUCAACGUCUGGGAUGUUGGUGGUCAAGACAAGAUCCGUCCCUUAUGGAGACAUUACUUCAGCGGAACCCAAGGUCUAAUCUUCGUAAUUGACUCUGCCGAUCGCACGCGGAUGGAAGAGGCGAGACAAGAAUUACAUCGCAUUAUCAACGACAGGGAGAUGAAGGAUAGCUUGCUGCUGGUAUUCGCAAACAAGCAAGAUAUCAAAGAUGCAAUGAAACCACAAGAAGUAACCGAGGCACUCCAGCUGUCCAAGCUUAAGGAUAAGAUCUGGUACGUAGUGCCUAGUUGUGCCACGACGGGCGAGGGUCUGCUCGAGGGGUUGGCGUGGCUGUCAAACAACGUCAAGGCGCCCCCUGCGCCGGCCAAGAAGUAGGGCUUCUAGUUCUAGUUCACUGUUCCUUUGAUACCCUUGAUUUUCUUUGAUUUAGAACGACCACCUCCCUACAACUUGGCCAGAGAUGGACAUGACGAGCGAGCUCCAAUGGUCUUAUACGGCUCUAAUAACUCGAUGAAAUUGGUUCGGGCUAGGAUGUUUUUGGCGCGGUACAAUGAAGAUGCCUCGUAUAGUUCAGGGU